AUGCGUUAUAAUUUUUUUCCCGUCAUUUUCAAUUUCCAGCGUGAAUUGAGCGAUGGUUUAGUUCCUUCUCGUAACGGUCACACAUCCAUGGGGUCCCAGUCAGCCGAAAUCAAAAAGUCUCGUAUGGAACACAUUGAUGUCACCCCCUCGUCUGUGAUACAUGUUCGUAAUGUGCCAAAUGACGUUAACGAACAUGAAAUCGCGCUACUUGCAAUUCCGUUUGGCGUGAUCAAAAAUAUGGUCCUAUCCAAAAAGAAUAAUCAAGCCCUGAUUGAAAUGCACACGUUAGAGGAUGCGAUGCAGUUGAUCGCGUAUUACUCCAAGUGUCCUGUUGUUCUUCAUGGGAGGAAUAUAUUGCUACAGUUUUCAACAUAUUCUCAUCUGGAAUUAACUAACGAAAACAAUGCAAUUGAAAAUGCGAUAAAGAACGCCAAUCGAAUUGUCCUGGAAGAUUUGAGCGGUGCUUUAUCUGGAAAUCCCAACAGCGUACUACGGAUUGUCAUAAACAAUAUUAUGGGCCAGCAAAUAAGCCACCUCAUUUUAUAUAAAAUAUUUCAUCGUUUUGGGGAAAUUCUCCGAGUUCUCAUUUUCCAAAAAGUGGAUCAGUACCACUGUUUUCUUGAGUUCCAGAAUCACAUCCAGGCUUUCGUGGCUAUGCUGGAUCUCCCAGGUAUUUUCAGUCUUUAUGAAGUGGAAGCCUUGGCUUUCGAUUGGCCAAAAUCAAAACAAAAACCGGCUUCAUUUGCAAUGUAA